CCUGGAGCCAGCGUCUGGAAGGUGGAGCGUGGAGGAGUUCCUCUCUGCUGCAAAGACCUGAGUUGCAACUUGGGGUUUGGAGGGACUAAGAAUGGACACCCAGAAAGAUGUUCAGCCUCCAAAGCAGCAACCGAUGAUCUACAUCUGUGGAGAGUGUCACACAGAAAAUGAAAUAAAGUCCAGGGAUCCAAUCAGAUGCAGAGAAUGUGGAUACAGAAUUAUGUACAAGAAAAGGACUAAACGAUUGGUGGUUUUUGAUGCUCGAUGAAACAUGGGAUUCAG